UUGAGGCCCCUCUUUUGCUAAGAAAAAAACCUUUACUCUUCGCCAUAUUAUUGUCUUCACCUGUUUAAUGCUAUAGAGAGAGAAACAAUUCAUACAUAUCCAAAUCUGCGUAAAUGCCACAAUUAAUUCAAAUCCUCACUUUUGAACAACAGGGGAAUCUCUUUUUCUCUUGUUUUCGUUUCAAUUUCGCUCCGGACCUUGGGCGCUAAUCUCUUCUGGGUCCGGAGAUUUAGGGUUUCUUUCAAUUCAAGCUCGUAUGUGCAUUAGGGUUUAGAUUUCUUUGUAAAAAGGGUUUGUAUUAGUGUAAUUAGCCAAUAUGGACGGACGGAGAAUAACGGCGAGCCCCAGGCCUUGCUGUGGCCGGCGAGUGGUGGCGAAGAAGCGCCCGCGCGGCGGUUUAGAUGGCUUUGUCAACAGCGUGAAGAAGCUGCAGAGAAGGGAGAUUUCAUCCAAGCGUGACCGUGCUUUUAGCAUGAGUGAUGCUCAGGAGCGAUUCCGCAACAUUCGCUUGCAGGAGGAGUAUGAUACUCAUGAUCCCAAGGGAUAUUCUUCUUUGUCGUUACCAUUUCUGAAGAAGAGGUCAAAAAUUAUUGAGAUAGUUGCUGCCCGUGAUAUUGUCUUUGCACUUGCCCAAUCUGGUGUCUGUGCAGCAUUUAGUCGAGAGACUAACCAGAGGAUAUGCUUCUUGAAUGUUUGUCCUGAUGAAGUCAUUCGGAGCUUAUUCUACAACAAAAAUAAUGAUUCAUUAAUCACUGUUUCAGUCUAUGCUUCAGAUAAUUUUAGUUCCUUAAAAUGCAGAACAACAAGGAUCGAAUACAUACGAAGAGGCAAACCUGAUGCCGGCUUCCCUCUUUUCGAAUCUGAGUCAUUGAAGUGGCCUGGUUUUGUUGAGUUUGAUGAUGUUAAUGGAAAGGUUCUUACUUACUCCGCACAGGACAGCAUAUACAAGGUUUUUGACUUGAAAAACUACACAAUGUUAUACUCAAUUUCAGAUAAAAAUGUUCAGGAGAUUAAGAUCAGUCCAGGAAUCAUGCUUUUGAUAUUUACAAAAACCCAAGGCGCUGUCCCUUUGAAGAUUCUCUCAAUUGAAGAUGGGACUGUUUUGAAAUCAUUCAACCAUCUUCUUCAUAGAAACAAGAAGGUUGAUUUCAUUGAACAGUUCAAUGAAAAGCUUCUAGUCAAGCAAGAGAAUGAGAAUCUUCAGAUUGUUGAUGUUCGCAAUGUUGAGAUAACAGAAGUUAGUCGUACCGAGUUCAUGACCCCUUCCGCAUUCAUAUUUCUGUACGAGAACCAAUUAUUCCUGACGUUCAGAAACCGAACAGUUGCUGUCUGGAACUUCAGAGGGGAACUUGUGACCUCGUUUGAGGAUCACCUUUUAUGGCAUCCUGAUUGCAACACUAACAACAUAUAUAUUACAAGCGAUCAGGAUCUCAUCAUUUCGUAUUGCAAAGCAGAUUCUGAUGAACCAUUAUCUGAUGGGAUUGCGGGUUCUAUCAACAUCAGCAAUAUCUUAACUGGGAAGUGCUUGGCAAAAAUAAAAGCGAGCAAUAGUCUUCCGAUGAACGAAUGCAACUGCAGUGCAGGUUGUGGGGGGAAGAAGUGCAACUCAAGGAAGCGCAUUCAAGCUUCUAGAAUCAGCACUGUUGCUGAGGCCCUGGAAGAUAUCACUGCCCUAUUCUACGAUGAAGACCGCAAUGAGAUUUACACUGGAAAUAGGCAUGGUCUUGUUCAUGUGUGGUCCAACUAAAGGUGACGAGUUGGAGCCCAUUUUCAUACGGAUGAACAUUUGUUGCUUAAUAGAAUACUAAACCAUUAGUUCCCCUAUCUGAGUUUGUGAAUUUCUGACCCCCAUGAAGGGGGGGUUGUCUAUGAUCAUGAUGCUAUAGAUUUGUAGGCGCCAUGUUUGUUGAUUUACUCGAUUGCGCUUUGGACCUAACUAAGAUAUCAGUAACAUUUGGUGUGUAGAUGUAAGAGACGGUGUAAGAACAGUGCCUUGUUGUGCAAGAUAAUCUUGUUUAUCUGUAAA